AUGGAGGUAGAUGAGAAGAUAGGUGAAGAGAUUGAGGAGGAAGCUAAUGAGAAGAAGGAGAUAAAAGAUGAGGAGAAGAUAGAUAAGGAGGAAGAGAAUAAGGAUAAUGAGAAGGAGAUAAAAGGCGGUCCCACGGCGCCCACGGCCCACACCAUGGCCCCCCCAAUCCCGGCAGGGCCCCCCAGCGCCUGCUCCUCCAAGCAGUUCUCCUGCCAGAGUGGGGAGUGCCUGAGCCAUGAACGCCGCUGCGACCUGCGCCAGGAUUGCCAGGACGGCUCCGACGAAGCCAACUGUGUGGACUGCAUCCUGUCUCCCUGGAGCCUCUGGAGCGAAUGCAGCCGGUCCUGCGGGCUGGGGGUGACCUUCCGGCGCCGCGACCUUCUCCGCAACGCUCUCCCGGGGGGACGUUGCGACCGGGAUGAAUUCGAUAGCCGCUCCUGCUUCCUCCGAGCCUGUCCAGUGAACGGAGGCUGGGCCUCCUGGGGCGAGUGGUCUGACUGUGAUGCCGAGUGCCGGGGCGGCGUCAGGAGUCGCACCCGGACCUGCGCUGACCCCCCACCCAAGAACGGAGGAGAGCUGUGCCCCGGAGAUGCCGUCCAGAUGGAGACAUGCAACCAACAGCCCUGCAGAGAUGCUCGGGACUGCGGUCCAGAUAUGGUCUUCGUGCAAGCUGGGCAUUGUGCCCGCGGCCUGGUGGACCCUUGCCCGCAGACUUGCCGCCAGUUGAGUGUCCAGAAGUCAUGCCAGAGCAGCUGCGUGGAGGGGUGCCGGUGUCCCCCCGGGCUCUUCCUGCAGGAGGGGGGCUGUGUGAACAUCAGCCAGUGCCACUGCUUCUUCGAUCACAACCACCGUCGGCCGGGGGAGAUCUUCCUGCGGGACAACUGCAGUCAGUGCGUUUGUCUGGACGGCACGGUGACCUGUGACACGGUGUCCUGUCCCGUGAAGUGCGGCUGGUCGGCUUGGUCUCCGUGGACCCCCUGCAGCCGGAGUUGCGGAGUUGGGAUGCAGCAAAGGUUCCGAUCCCCCUCCAAUCCGGCGGCUGCCAACGGGGGUGCCCCGUGCCAAGGAGAUGCCCAGGAGGUGCGUGAGUGUCUCACAAUCUGUACCACAGAAAUUCCCUUGCUCUGGAGCGACUGGACCCCCUGGUCCCCCUGUUCCAAGACCUGCUUUUAUGCCCCGGAUCUGGUUGGCACGCGAAAACGAUUCCGGCAUUGCAAUGGUACCGCACAGGUUGUGGGGUGCGACGGAGAGACAGUGCAGGAAGAGGAGUGUGACACACCUCUCUGCCCAGGUUCAGUUUUAAUUGAAGCUUAA